AUGGACCGUUGCCCCCACCAGCUGGUCCUCCCCAAUGGCAAAAAGAUGUUAGUGUGGCAGAGAGGGGACGGCCGAGCGCCGACCGUUAUUCAACAUCGGAUGGGCAAAGAUGACCUUCUUGUAUUAGUAAUUAUUGGUGCUAACCCAUCGACCUUGUUGCAGCAAUUGCCUGGAGAGAAAGCGGCUCAGGUCAUGCGGCAGUACUUGCUUCCCAUGUUCGAAGUGCACCGGAUACGUCAAGAAGAAAUCGAGCGCCAUGAAAGACUUGGAACGUCUACCACACGGAAGGAACCCAAGCUAGAAGUGCCGACAUCUACACCGCGGGCAGCCUCUCCAGUGAGCCCGGGAAAAACAGCAGUGCUGGCGGAAAUGCAGUUGAGUGACUCGCUCCUGAGUGAGCUGCAGGUAGCAAAAGAGGGAAAUGCGGUUUUGAGGCAGCGCCUCACGGUCUCGGAAACGGCAUGCAAAGAGCUCUACGAGAAACUGGAAGCUGCGACGUCUUCUCUAGCAAAACUGAAAGUCGAACUGGAGCAAACUAAGCAAAAGACUGAGAGUGACUGUGCUUCCCUAAGGUGGCAACUACAGCAACUAGAAGCGCUGAUCGGACAGCACCAGGAGGAACAGAGCCGCCUCUCUCAGACUGUCACGGAGCUCCGACAAACGAAUGAGGAAUUGAGCAGAAAACUCACCGUCACACGAAAUACCGCAUCUCUCCUGCAGCACGAACACGAGGUCCUCACAGAGCAGGUCAGAGGCCUCUCUGCUGUUACGAAAGACCUACCCACUGUAAAGAGCUUGCAAGACGCUCUCCUGUUCGAGGAAAUUGAAGAAGAAAUUUGUAUUCUCUCUGAUUUCAUUUGGUCCCGGUCAACUGCAUUUCAGUCAGUUUCGAAGGCGCAUAUCGAUGACAUCCAGAAGUUCUCAGCAAACCUGCAGAACGAGUGCGCCAAGCUGGCUAACGAGCGGACUCGACUGCUUGACAUCAAGAAGGACUUGACACUUCAACGGGACCGUCUGGCUGCAGAGACGAACCGGUUGAGGAGGGAGCUGGAGGAGACUCGCCUGCAAGUUUCCAAAGAGAGCGCGCAGCAGUCGGAGGAAAUAGAGAAUCUUAAAAAGGAACGUGAAGAGAUGGACAAGCAGAUGAAAGAGCUACGGGAGGAUCGUGAUAAGCUGAAGCAGCGAAUAGCGCGAUUCAGAGCGCGCCGAAAGAUGUUCGAAGCCCAGCAGCGGACGUGCAAAAACUGUGGUAAAGACUACGAGGAAACCGAGAAUUACAAUUGGAGUUGCCGGACUCAUCACUCAGAGUAUGGAGGCGAAAUGUGGUGGUGCUGCGGAAAACUGGGGAAGAAUGCUCCCGGAUGUCGAUUCAGCAAGCACGAAUCCAAAGACGAUGAUGAUGAGCUUGAUGCAGAGGAGAAGAUGGAGAGAGAAGCAGCGAGUCAUUGUCCGAAGGAUCCGAAUCCUCGGGCUGGUGGUGCCGACGUGAACGGGAAAGAGGAACUUCGUCGGUUAGAGAUUCUUGGCAAUCAAGAGAGAUCUCAGCAAAGACGUCAGUCAGGAUUGGACAUGGCCGUAGAGCUCGCCGACAAGUUCGGUUACGAAGGACUGAGAGAGCCCCUUGAUGACGAAGAUAUAUUCAUGGUAGGGGGAAUCAUAGGGUGGAUAUAA